AUGUUGGAACACGCCAAAGUUUUACGUGACACAAAUAGGUCCCCUUUGGCAGGUCCACUCUGUAACCGCACUUGGGACGGCUGGCUGUGCUGGGAGGACUCCUCUCCCGGGACGGUGGUGCAGCUCUGCCCGGAGUACUUCCGCGACUUUGACCCUUCUGAAAAGGUGACCAAAGUGUGUGGCAGGGAUGGGCAGUGGUUCCGCCACCCUGAGAGCAACCGCAUUUGGUCCAACUACACCCAGUGCUCCGGCCACAUCAAGGACAAGCUCCAGGCAGCAUACAACGUGUACUACCUGGCCAUUGUAGGCCAAGGCUUGUCUGUGGUCUCCUUGCUCAUCUCUCUCUGGAUCUUCUUCUACUUCAAGAGCCUCAGCUGCCAGAGAAUCUCUCUCCACAAGAACAUGUUCCUCUCCUUCAUCCUCAACUCCAUCUGCUCAGUCAUCACCCUCUCUGUAGUGACCAACAACCAGCCGCUGAUAGCCAGCAACCCGAUGAGCUGCAAAGUGCUCUCUUUCCUGAGCUCUUACGCAUUGGGCUCCAACUAUUUCUGGAUGCUGUGUGAGGGAAUCUACCUGCACACCCUCAUCAUCGUCGCCGUGUUUGCAGAAGAACAGCAGAUGCACUGGUACUUCAUUUUGGGAUGGGUCUUCCCGCUUGUCCCUGCCACAAUAUACACUAUGGCCCGCUGCUUCUUCUAUAAUGACAGUUGCUGGAUCAGCGCACAGACUCACCUGCUGUAUAUUGUCCAUGGCCCCAUCUACACCGCCCUGCUGAGAGGAGAGUUGAGGAAACAAAGCCAGAGCAGGAGCCAACUUCUCCCACUGCAGAGGAAC